AUGAACAGCAAUAUCUUAAGAACAAGCAUAAGAAGAUAUGCAAGUCUUCCAUCUCACGCAUUAAAGCCUGCUUUAGAGACACCAAAUAAAGCUGCUGCUGCAGCAUUUAAACAAUCCUUAGAAGCACAAAAGGCUCAUGGUGAAAGUACAUAUAAAUUUUGGUUAAAAAUUUCUUACUUAGUGGCAGCUCCAGCUAUUUUAUUAACUGCUGCUAACACAUAUUUUGUCGAAAAAGAACAUUAUGAUCAUAGACAACAUCUAUCUCAUGUUCCAGAUCAAGACUGGCCAAGAGAUUAUCAAUAUAUGAAUUGUAGAUAUAAACCAUUUUUCUGGGGUGAUGGUGAUAAGACUCUUUUCUGGAAUCCAGUUGUUAAUAGACAUAUUAACCAUGAUGAUUAA